CCCCAUUAUACACGUUCGUAGGUUUCACAUUUAGUCACACCAGCUGAAUUCAGAUAUAUCAUACAACAAAAUUUUUUAACCAGUUUUACAUUCUGCAAUAAUAUGUUUCGUCGUGGAUUAAAAGCACUCAGAGUCCGACCUUUCGCGGAGUCGAUUAGUUUUCUUUGGCGCAACGUUUCGGGAAAUUCCUGGAGAAGGGCAAGGUUUGCGCAGCGCCCGGGCAUAGCUGCGAAAAACGAACUCUCUAGCUGCCCAACACUUCAGAGAACCCCAACCAAUAGUGUCGUCGAUCAGAAGGCGGAGAAUCCUUAUUCCACAUUCAAAAUAGACCACGAUCGCGUCCAGCAAAUGUGGCAAAAUUCCAGAAUAGGUGCCAAAGAGCAGAACAGCCUCCGUGGCUAUCAGCCUGCCAAUUCCGACGUGAAUUCCGAAUCGGAAGAAGUCAUCAGUGCCAUGGACAAAGUACGGCGCAUUGAGGAGCGGCGCAAAAUCCAGAACAGGAUGCGCUCCCUCCUGGAGGAGCAGCAGGAGCUCGACAGGCGGAUCCAGGAGGAGCAGGACCGUGCGGUUACGAGGGAGGUUCUCGUCGAGCGGGAUCCGGCCAGGAAGCAUACACCCAAGGAGUACACUCCUGUCCGCAAUCCGGAUAAUUGCAAGCCAAAUUCCUGGGUUUCAGCAACCGUUUUGGCGGCCACGGGCAAAAUGCAGCACCACAGGUACAUGCAGACUCCUCCCAGGAUAAGCCCAAUCAAGGUGGAGGCCGAGAGUCAAUCGCCGAGCAAAUCCCCACCAGAUAAUCCGGCGAGCAACAACACUUCCGGCCAACCCAAUCAGACCAAGACCACCGAUAAUAUGACCCAUCGUUCGGAAUGGACCAAGAGCAUCCUGGAGUUGCACAAAACGCGCGCCGAGGAAAUGGACAAGCUCCGAUCGCUGAAUGGAUACUCGAAUCAAUCGGCCUGCCUGAAAUUGAGUGAGCUAUCCGCUCUGCGCAAAACAAGAUACCGCUAGGCUAUGCAAAAUGAAUUGGAGCCCAUCCAUACUUACUUUUCGGAAAACAAACAAAAUUGUAUAUUUUACAUUUUAUACUAUU